AUGUCUGGUGAUAUAGACAUCUUUGGAGAUGAUAGUUCUAUUGAUAUUCCUAUCACAAAAGAACAACACCAAUUUAAUGAAGCUAUUGAGUCAAUAACAGAUAAAGAUGGAUAUUUUCUUGGAAGAAAUGGAGAAGUUGUAAAUGGGUAUCAACUAGAAAAGAAGGUUGGACAAGGAACAUUUGGAACUGUUUAUUUAGCGAAAAAAAUAACAACAACAACAAAAGAAGAAGAAGUUGCAUUAAAAAUUAUUCGUAAAAAUGAAAGAAUGGUAAAGUUGUCACAAAAAGAGGCACAAUUAGUAAAAGAAGUGAUGUCACUAAAAGGAAUUUAUAUUGUUCAGUUAAUAACUGAAUUUAUGUAUAAAGAUCAUUAUUGCAUUGUUCUUGAAAAAAUGGAUAUGAGUUUGAGAGAAUUAUUAUCACAUAAACCAAAUGAAGAAGGAAUUGAUAUAUUUCAUAUACAACGUUAUGGAAAACAAUUAUUUGAAGCCCUUCAUGUAUUACAUACAAAAUGUGAAAUAUAUCAUUGUGAUAUUAAACCUGAUAAUAUUUUAAUUGAUCUUCAUUCAGAUACAAUUAAAUUAGCAGAUUUUGGUACAGCACUUCAUCCAUAUGAAUUAACUAUUGAUAGUGAAUUAGGAAGUAGAUAUUAUAGACCACCAGAAGUAAUGGUUGGCUAUCCAUUUGAUGGAUCAUUUGAUAAUUGGAGUAGUGGUGUAACACUAUAUGAAUUAUUUACACAUUCAUUUUUAUUUACUGGGGAAAGUAAUAAUGACAUGUUAUAUCAAAUUAUUCAACUUAAAGGUUCAUUUCCUCAGAAAAUGAUUCGAGAAGGGAAAUUUUCAUCAAAUCAUUUUACACAAGACUUUAAAUUCAUUCAUUAUGAAACAGAUGUGUUUGGAAAAGAACUUGCAAGAAGAAUUUCUUAUUCUCAACAACCUAUUAGAAUUUCAUCAAAAUUAAUUCAUUCAUUAAAAGAAAGUAAUGAACAAUUAUCAUUAAUAUACAUAUUUGCACAAUUACUAGAAAAACUCCUUGUCAUUGAUCCAACAAAACGAUUUAAUUCGAUUCAGGCGAUAAAUCACACCUUCUUUACACAAACAAAGGAAUAG